UCAAAUUGAUAGAUGUCCGACCAAAAUGAAGAUUUGAAAGGACACAUGUCCUGUCAAAGAAGAAAAAUUAUUCCCGGUACUGUUUUAUUCCGGUGCACACUAGUCUCACAGUAUGAUGUUAUGUGCAUUUAACUGCCACUCCCCUCCCCUCCCCUAUACAAUCAUUCAUUUUAUUACUUCAUUUUUUAUUUUUGUUGAACUAAAGGGUGCCUUAUGCCAAACAAAAGCAAAAUGAAUGGUUCUACUGAAGACUGGAGUUUACUUUCAUGGGAAAUGCUUGUACCCAAAGCAAAGUUGUCACCAGACAAGCGUCACCUGUUCUUAAAACUUAAGGACUGUGGUAUAGUGUCUCACGUGAGAUUAACCAUUUAUCCAGAUGGAGGUGUUAGUCGAAUGAGGUGUUGGGGUGUACCUGCUCUUCUUAACCAUUCUAAGCUUUAAUCCUUUUACAUUUAUGUCCCUCAGUCUUGGAGUGACAACGUAAAUGCUAGUAUUAUACCUCCAAAAUUGUGUUUGUCAUGGACUUGAAUUGAGUUCUUACAUCUAGAGUUGUUGUCACUUUAUGUGGAAUAAAUAAAUUUGUUCCAGUCAGGGUCUUAGUUAAUGAUUGUACUCACCAAUCUUCUCAUGCCGGCCUACAGGGUACGAGUCUCACACCAGGUGAAAAACCUUAAUUUCACAUCUACUGACAUGCCUAUGGACCAAACUCUCACACCCAACUGAAAGAUUUCAACUUUUACUGCAUUAGCUUACCCACUUCCAAAAAAAUUGUAAACUUAAACUAGUGGAAGAAAAGAAAAGUCCAUUUAAAUAACGGUACACUGACCCAAUUCUCUGAAUUUCAGUGGAAAAGUCUGGCCCCCCACCCAGGUCCCCUAAAUACAUACUGCCGUAGUUACUAAAAGAAGGAAUGACCUAAAACGACCCAAAAUGAUCUAGAAUAUAUCUAAAAUAAAUCUAAAAUCAUCUAAAAUGACCUAAAGUGAUUUAAUGAUCUAAAAUACACUUGACUGAUUUCUAGAAUGACCUGAAAUGACUUUUAAACUUAACUGGAAUGAUUUAAAAUAGUACUUCCCAGUGAUCUACAACGAAUAUCAGAACUGAGUGCUUUCCUAACUGAAGGCUGACACGCCGAAGGUGCCGUGAACGAAACUGAAUGACUCGAAUACUAGCGAAAGUUUCCGGAAAUUCCAAAUGAAACUCUUGAUGAAAGUUGGCUGAUCUCUGGACCACGGAAGAUUAUUACAGGGGCGUAGCCAGGGGAGGGUUCCAGGGGUUCCGGAACCCUCCCUUAGGGUUAUAACUUAGAAAGAAAAAAACUGUUGGGGGUAAGGUUACAAUGGUGCAUCUAACAUGUUCUACUUGGCGAGGCGCACAAGCACUGAUACGGGAAAAAAGUCCAAAAGCUGUGUACACACACGGCAGGGCUCACUGUCUAAACUUCGCAAUCGUUCACCCCUGUGAUCAACCCCUUAUAAGAAACAUGCUUUUGGAACAUUCAAUGAAGUUUAGAAUUUUUUUAAGUAUUCACCGAAGCGUAACUAGCUUUUGCUAACCGUAAUUGAGAAAGAAAUACCCGAGGUCAGCUAAACAAAUGUGCUCAACUUGUGUCGAACUUAGUGGGUUGAAAGGUAAAAGGACAUGAAGUUUUCCUUGCGCUUUUCCCAUCUAUAGUAAGAACAUUAGAAGCUCUGUCAAAUGCACGGCUGUGUGCAAUUCAAUUUGGGGAAAUUGCGUGAAACGACUGACUAAAAACUCACUUGAGUCUGGACUUGCCCUAAUGCACAUUCAUUACAACAGGCAAAUAGACGUUCGUAAAACAAUCGACAUUUUUGCACGAAAGCAUCCAAGGCGCCUCCUUGAGGCAGUAAUUCAUGAAGCAUGUAAUGUAUUCAACAAUUUAUUGUAGUGUAAUCUGUUGCGUAACAAUAUUUCCCAGUAGCCUUCGCGGCACGGUGUGGAGACCUCGUGGUCGACCAUGUAAUGCUCUUCUAUUACCCGCUUGAUUAAACUGUCGUGUUGCUGUUCGUAUCCGCCUGUUUUAUGGCCCAAUAAUACCACAUAGUGUCAGAAGUGGUUUUCAACGAACCAUGACGUCUUUUCGAGUGCAGCUACCAGAAAAGUUUGACUUUAGUCGUCAGGAAGAGUGGCCAAAAUGGAGCAGAAGAUUCGAACGCUUUCGCCAAGCAUCUGGUCUGGUGAAAGAAGAAGAAGAAGAAAGUCAAAUAAACACGCUGGUCUACGCUAUGGGAGAUCAAGCCGACGAUAUUCUAAACUCCUUCCAGCUGAGUGCUACACAACUGAAGCAGUACCACACCGUUAAAACGAAGUUUGAUGAGCACUUCGUGGUUCGCCGUAAUGUUAUUUUCGAGCAGGCAAAGUUCAAUCAACGCCGCCAAGAAGAAGGCGAGACAGUUGACACAUUCAUCACAGCAUUGCAUACGCUCGCCGAACACUGUAAUUUUGGUACCCUGACAGAGGAGAUCAUCCGAGACAGAAUUGUGGUAGGCCUUCUAGAUGCGAAAUUGUUGGAGAAACUUCAGCUCGACCCUGAUUUAACGCUGCCAAAAGCAAUCAAUCACGCGCGACAGAGCGAAGCCGUCAAAAAGCAACAAACACUAAUGCGAAAUGACUUCAAGGAAUCUACGGGAGCAAAGAAUGAAGUCGAUGCGGUGAAAGCAGAGGAAACGCCGAAAUUUAGAAAAGACGACUCGUCUAGAAGUCCGAGCGAAACUCUCAAGAAACCGGCAACCCGUCCACCGUCGAACCGCUGCGACCGCUGUGGGAAAUCGCCGGGCCACGCGCGACAAAACUGCCCGGCCAGCGCCACGACUUGUCACAAGUGCUCGAAAAAAGGUGGGGCAUCUGUUUGCAGGUCUGCGCAUACUGUCAGCGAAAUCAAAGAAGAUUAUGCCUUUCUCGGAGAAAUCAGGACAAAGAGAAACGAAGGCAUUUGGUCUGUAGACCUCACUCUAAAUGCUCUCUUGUCCGCUUUAAAAUUGAUACCGGAGCUGACGUCACUGUCAUCCCCGAGAGCGUUUACAAAAAGCUGAAACCAACUCCGGCCCUCAUUCAAUCCAGCAAGACCCUGUUUGGCCCAGCCCACACAACCCUUCCCGUUCUUGGCUGCUUUAUGGGAGUCAUCAAGAGAGGAGAAGAAUCUUCAUCGCAGGAAAUAUUUGUGGUGACUGGAGCGCGCCUAGCUUUCUUUGGCCGUCCAGCUAUAGAGACGCUAAAAAUUGUCGAAAAGGUCAAUGCAGUGGAAGCAGAAGAAGUUAAAGAAAAAUUCCCAAAUCUCUUUAAAGGUCUUGGAAAACUUGAUGGUCCCGAUUACCUCAUCAAGCUCAAACCUGACGCGAAGCCACACGUAAUUGG